GAAGAAACUAAAAUCGGGACCUCCGUUCGAAGCGAACUCGCUUUCCAUGGCUCGGAACGCCAUGCUGCUGGCCCCGAUGGGCCCUGAUGGCCCCUGCAUCAGGGGCCCGGCUUUAUAGCUGGAACUAAAUAUCUUGGUCUUGCCUCGAAUAUCUCUCCAAUUGUCCGUGUCUUAGGGGUACUGUUCCUAUGAUACUUGUAUAGCCCCGGAGAUACUCUGUGCUCAUUGUAGCCUGGCUCUUGGUCAUGUUUCCUGCAAUAGUCGCCGUCUCUGGCCUAACCCUUCUCUAUCUCUAUCAUGUCAAUCGAGGUUUGACCGAGUUGCCAGAGGAAGUCCGCCUUCUGUCUCCUCAUCGCUGGACAGCCAAGGAAAUCAGGGACGCCUAUGAGGAUGCGAUUCGCAACCCGGUAGAUGUGGAAAGCAGUCUGCCUCCCAAGCAAAACCGGCGUUAUAUCGUGAUUGGCGGAUCCGGACUUGUCGGGAACUGGAUUGUCACACAUCUGCUUUCCCGCGGCGAGAAUCCAGCAGCAAUCCGGGUCUUGGACCUCCAACCCCCUCGUCGCGACAUUCUCGAUCAAGGAGUCACGUUCUUCAAGACCAACAUUGUUGACAAGGAGGCUGUGUCGAGCGCCUUCGCACACCCAUGGCCUGAGGACGUGGCAGCCCUCCCGUUGACUGUGUACCACAAUGCGGCAGUAAUCAGGCCAGCCGAACGUCACAAAGCCUUCCUCUCCCGUUGCCGCAACGUGAAUGUCAACGGCACCGUCAAUUUGUUGAAUGCCGCUAAGGAACACGGCGCCAGCUGUUUCAUUUCCACCUCAUCCGGCUCAGUGGCUCUGCGCCGUGCCUCCUUCUGGCUUCCGCCGUGGCGGAAGACCCCUAAACACAUGAUUCAAGUCAUCAGCGACUCGACCCCCCUUCCUGAGGACCACUACGACUUCUUCGGCAACUACGCCGUCUCCAAAGCCGAAGCCGAGUCCAUCGUCCGCGCAGCGGAUGACCUAGAAUCCAACUUUCGCACGGGCUGCAUCCGACCAGCCAACGGCAUCUACGGCAUUGGCGAAGACAAUAGCCCAGCCGUAACCACAAUGUAUCUGCAGGCCGGUGAAAACCCGACCUGGACCUACUCUGUAGCCCAAAACUUCGUCAACGCGGAGAACGUCUCGAUCGCGCACCUUCUCUACGAACAACGUCUGCUCGAGCACACCGCCAAUCCCAGGCAGCUGCCCAAUAUCGGCGGUCAGGCCUUCCUCGUUACCGACCCCAACCCCGCCAUCACCUUCAGCGACGUCCACCUCCUGCUCAUGACCCUCGCCAAGACCCCCGUCAGCUUUCGCCGUGUGCCCGCGAUCCCUUUCUUCCUGGUCUCCUACCUCAUCGAGUGGUACUCGCUCCUGCAGCUGCAUCUCCCCCGGCUGCUCCCGCCGGUGCAGGGCGAUCUAACGCAGCUCCAACCGGGACUGUUCGCCAUCUCGAACGUGCAUGUCAUCGCGGACGAUGCGCGGGCGCGCAAGAGUCCCGAACAGGGUGGACUGGGAUAUGCGCCGCCGAUCGGCACCUUGUACGGGAUGUGCAAGCAGCUAGAAGAUUGGAACCGGCGAGCGGACGUGAAGGCCGCGGAGGAGGCUUCGAGGAAGGGGAUGGUGAGUAUUUCCGAGGGAGGCGUGGAUGUGAACCUUGCUGUACCUCCUUCAAAGUUAUAAGCCGUUGGGGACCCUGUAUUUACGAAAAGUGGCCUUGAGGAAGCGUUGCCACCUGCGCGACACACUUAAA